UCUCGUUGAUAGAAAAGACAAACAACACUGGGUUAAUGUAUUGCUUAAAGGGAUGACCAACUGCGACUGGUUUAUAGUUAAAAUAUUCAAGUUUAAUUUGUUUAAAGUUAAAAGUUAAAGUUUCUUUUGUUUAAUGACACCACUGGAGCUAAUCGCUUUGUUAACCAUCGGCUGAUAAUUCUGAUAUAUAGUCCUGGAGAAAACCACUACAUUUGUUUUAUUAGCAGCAAGGGAUCUUUUAUGUACACUUUACUACAGACAAGACCACGCAUACCACAGCCUUUGAUAUAUCAGUCGUGGCUCAUUGGUUGGAAUGGGUUAAAACCCAAUCAGAAUGAUAUUCUCAACAGGAAAAUGUUUUUAAUAUGUAAGUUUAGUCGCUAAGAAGACACUGUUAGUCGUAAACAUCUUACAAUGGCUACACACUCAGGGCAGUCUUUUUUAAAACGUGACUCCGGAGCAGUCUAUGUGAAACUACCUCUGGCAGCGAAGUACUUUAACUACUAGCGCGGGUCUCUGGCUUCGUUAAUAUCUGGACCAUGUUGUAAUUACAAGCGAUUACUCUGACAUUAUGCAUUCUACUGGGAAAAGGUCAAGAGCUGGUUUUCUGAUAACGGAUCGACUUAGCCGGAUGUCGGAGAAACUCCAGACGAAUAGAGGGGUAUAUGAAUCGUUCGUCUUAAAAGGAGUGGUGCCCGAAUUGUCAUGGUUUAGUGGUGCUGUCAUCAUUUACCAGUCUUUCAAGGUGCUAUUUGGUUUACUCUAUGCUGUUAACGUUCUGCCGGGAAUCACGCUAUAUCACGUGGUAUCAUCGGCUCUUUUGUUGUUGUAUUUGCCGAUCUGUUUGAACAUAUUCAAGAAGUAUUUGCGGUUAGCUGUGUACAUGCGAUGUGUGAUGGCGGUGCAGAUCUCCUGUUUAGCUCUCGGAAGCCUCUUUGUUUACAAUGGCUAUCGUGACCGAUACACGAAAGAAACCGAAACUGUGUUAAAAGUUACCAGUUAUUCCAUGGUCUUCGAAUGGGCGUUCAUUUUGAUUACCAUAGCAACCAGAGGCUUCGUCGCCGUGGGAUUCCAACUUUUCAUAACUCUGACCAAAGGUGUAUUGAGAAAACUUUACUCAGUAAUUACGCAUGAGAAAAAACAAAAUACAUCCUGAUAUUUAUUUGAAAACGUGAUGUGAGAGAGAAAAAAAACGAGUCCAUAGCUUCACAUACAAAGAACACGAACGUUUAGUUUGUGAAAUUAUGCUGAAACCCUUUCAGUUGAAAUGGAACAUAAGAAAUGAAAAUGUUUUUUAUUUAACGAUGCACUCAGCACAUUUUAAUUACGGUUAUAAGGCGUCAGACAUAUUAUGGUUAAGGACCACACAGAUAUUGAGAGAGGAAACCCGCUG